UUUCUCGUACCUCGCCUUCUUCAAAUUCUUCGUCAUUCGUUCGCGCACUCGCCCGUUCGCCUCUUUUCACCAUCUUCAGAUUCGUAUCCAUUUCAUCGAUGGAUAAACAUUCCAUUCAUAAUUCAGAUCAGAGCUCUCCAUCCUACCCAACAAUGGCGGAAAAGAAAACCAAAGGAAAGCAAAAGAUCGAAAUCAAAAAGAUCAACAUCGAAGAGGAUCGAAUGAUAACCUUUUCAAAGAGGCGUUCCGGAAUAUACAAGAAGGCCAACGAGCUCGUGGUCAUGUGCGACGUGGACGUGGCCUUCCUGGUGUUUUCCAAAUCCGGAACGCCGUUCACGUUCGGACAUCCGUCCAUGGAAGCGGUCACCGAACGGUUCAAGAACCCUAACCUGCCGAGAUCGUCCAUGGACAAUGCGACGCUCGUGACGAGGGCUUAUCGGACGCAGCGGAUCAGCGAGCUGGCCAAAGAUUACGAGAAGCUGGGGGAUGAGUUGGAAGUGGAGAGGGAGAAGGGGGCUAAGGCUGAGGAAGAAGAGGUCGAGGAGACGAGGAACGGAUGGUGGAACGCUCCGAUCGACGAUCUGAGCGACGAAAACAGGCAUCGCAUGCACGAUGCUUUCGUCGAGCUGCACGACAAUUUGUGCGACCUGCUCGCGCAAAGGCUCUAAUUCCGGGGUAUCGGGAUUAGGGUGUCGUCUGGAUCGGUGAACUGACACCAUUGAUGGGGAAUAAGAGGAUCUUUCUAUCCGAGCUUUCCAAAAGCAGUAGAAUGAUCUGUAAUGGUUUCGCUUUGAUUCACCGAGUUUGUGUUUCGCUUUCGUUUUCGUUUUCAUUUCUCGGUUUGGUACCGAUGUAUCGGAACUAGGGUUACCGAUAUCAGUUUUUUUUUUCAAAAUAAAAUAAGAAACCUCGUUUGUUUCUC